GACAGGAAAGGGUUAAUUUUUUCCGCCGCCGACAUUUUUAUUCGGCGCUCUACGGCAACUUUUUAACUUGCAUGGGGAAAGAACUGACACUAUGUUUCACAACUAUGCGUCGCAUUUGUGCUGUAGUCUAUACAGUGUGUGUUUAAUGGCUGUACAGCUCGCACACUCAGAGUUGUGUGUGGCACGGAGCUGCUUAUGCUCAUCACAUCGCAUUGAUCAGCGAGAGCUAGCAUAGAAACGGAAACUGCACGGUUCAGCUAAACAAAAGUGAAAGAUGUAGCUGUCACUUUCAGCCCAUAUAUCCUCCAGAUGACCGCAGUAGUUCAUAAUGUGGUGUACAUUACACCGAAUAGUUCACUCCUGAUCGGCUACGAUAUUGUUCGCCAGUGCCUCGGGGUUGAAUGAACUUCGCAGCGUGUUGUCUCUUGAGCAUCCCCACUGCGCGACCCGAGGCCCCUUCAGCGACUCAGCAGCAGUUUGAAUAACAAACCGGGGCCACAAGCGGCCAAUAACUCGUCUCCACUUGUCAAGUUGAAACUGUUUUCCCGCUGCACUGUAAUCGCGGGUCAUUCAUGUAUUACAUUUGAUUGACCAAAACUAUGAGAGCCGAUCAGCAAGCACGAGCUCAUUGUGAAGACUUGUGUUCCCAGUGGUGUGUUUCCAGUCUUAGAUGCUUUGCAUUUUGAAAAAGUUGAUUAGGGUGUACUUCAGACUCUAGUAACCCCUUUUAUUUAUUUUCUUAAUAAACGUACUAAUUUGAAUAAAUAGUAUGCCUAACAUUUUAAUGCAUGUGCAAUUGCAUUGUAUUUUCUUUUUAAAACCCAAACUGGAAUAUAUCUCACAUUCAGUACAAUGCAAUAGACCUCCAACAUUGCAUCAUGAAUUCUUCAUUUAAUAUUGAGACUCGUCAGAGAUGUGUUGUUUUCAGGUUUGGUCGUGUUUAUAAUGCAGGUGUUGGGUUGCUUUGGUAAAGUGUUUAUAAUAUAAAGUGUCCUCAAAUUGUGUUAUUAAAAAAAUGUAUACACUACUAUUUUAUGAGUAUACAUUUACGUUUUAAUUCAAUCCAGCAUCAACAUUGUUUCUGCUUUUUUAAAUAUAACUGUAAACAGACACAACAAUUCUAAGUCAUCAAAAAUAAAAUAAUUGGCAAAUUCAUUAAGAAGAUAAUUGUUGGUCAGAGCAGCUAUAAAUAAGACUCCAGAGUUACAUUAAUAGCUUUCUGACACGGUCGUACACAAAAGCAGGUUUUAAUUCAGGAAUUCAGCUUCAUACAGAAGCUCAUUUAUACCAUGCCAUGAUUCACUGGAAUUGAAUCAGAAGAAAUCAGAAUCAGAAAUCAGAAACAGUUUUAUUGCCAGGAAUGUUUACACAAACGAGGAUUUUUUUUGGCGGAAGGUGCAACAUUUAGACAUGACAAACAACAAUCAACGCGACAGCAACAGUGAACUUAAGUAUAAGAUAAGAUAAAAUAAAGAUAGGGUUAGGGUUAAGUGAAGAUGAGCACAUUUGUGGAUAAUAUAAGGUUGCAGAUUGGUACAUUUAUUAAGGUUUGAAGUCCACGCAAAUAACAAGAUACUCUCUUAUUCUUAAUUUACUCAAACAUUGUUUUCUAAUCCCAGUCUUGUGUUGUUCUGUCCUGAUGUGGUUCUAGUGGUGAAGACCCAGACUUUCUUCAGACAUGUCUGUGAGGGAGUCCUUUAAUCCUGAAAGCUAUGAGCUGGAAAAGAACUUCAGGCUCACACGCUUUGCUGAGCUCAAGGGCACCGGCUGCAAGGUUCCCCAAGAUGUGUUACAGAAGCUGCUAGAAACCCUACAGGAGAACCACUAUCAAGAGGAUGAACAGUUCCUGGGGGCAGUUAUGCCUCGAUUAGGCAUAGGCAUGGACACCUGUGUGAUCCCCCUCAGACAUGGAGGCCUUUCUCUGGUCCAGACAACAGAUUACAUCUACCCCAUUGUGGAUGAUCCCUACAUGAUGGGAAGAAUAGCUUGUGCCAAUGUUCUAAGUGACCUGUAUGCUAUGGGAGUGACAGAAUGUGACAACAUGUUGAUGCUUCUGGGAGUCAGCAACAAAAUGUCAGAGAAGGAGAGAGACAAAGUCAUGCCACUGGUCAUCCAGGGAUUCAAGGAUGCAUCGGAGGAGGCGGGCACAUCUGUAACGGGAGGACAGACGGUGCUCAACCCCUGGGUGGUGAUGGGAGGAGUUGCUACAACUGUCUGCCAACCAAAUGAAUUCAUCAUGCCAGACAAUGCAGUGCCAGGAGACGUGUUGGUGUUGACUAAACCACUAGGAACACAAGUGGCUGUCGCAGUACAUCAGUGGCUAGAUAUUCCUGAAAAGUGGAACAAGAUCAAGUUGGUGGUAACCCAGGAGGAUGUAGAGCUGGCCUACCAUGAAGCCAUGAUGAACAUGGCACGGCUCAACAGGACAGCGGCUGGUCUUAUGCACACCUUCAACGCUCACGCAGCCACCGACAUCACAGGGUUUGGCAUCCUAGGCCACGCACAGACGCUGGCUCGGCAACAACGAAGCGAGGUUUCGUUUGUCAUCCACAACCUGCCAGUGCUUGCCAAGAUGGCGGCCGUGUCCAAGGCCUGCGGGAACAUGUUUGGACUCAUGCACGGCACCUGUCCUGAAACUUCAGGAGGCCUGCUUAUUUGUCUGCCUCGGGAGCAAGCUGCCCGCUUCUGUGCCGAGAUCAAGUCCCCAAAAUACGGCGAAGGCCACCAAGCGUGGAUCAUCGGAAUUGUAGAGAAAGGAAACCGCACUGCACGCAUCAUUGACAAACCACGGAUCAUAGAGGUGGCACCGCAAGCAGCCACGCAGAAUGUCAACCCAACUCCUGGUGCAACCUCUUAAUCCACCUUUGCAUCACAGACCGGAAACCCCAAAACUCUGCAGACUGCUUUUAGACGCAUACACUACAAAACCAUCCUAGAGUGUUGAAAUAUAUACACAAAAUAGUGCACACAAAAAAGUCUGGGUUGGCGUGUAUCUACAUGAAAAACAGCCCCACACAAGGGGCAUGUCAUCACCCAGUGGACUCAACCUGCAGUAUCCCAAUGAUUACACGAUGGGUAAGAAUUAGAGCAUACUUAAAAUCCAUUUGCCUUUUGUGUCUGUCAUAUUUUGUGAUGUUACAUGUGUGUGAUCAGCAGGCAACUUCUGAUAAGAGGGCGUUGGCGAUGAAGACAAUUAUGUGAUACUGUUGAUUCAUUUUGAAUCUUAGGAAGUCUGGUGUCUGUUGCCUCUUUGGCUCUUUUAAAAUUGCUCUCAUCAAGCAGGCGGUAUUUUUGUUUGUCCAUUCACUUUGUACAGUUAUGAAGUCUAGUUUUAGUUUGUUGCUGGAACCGAUGCCUUGAAAGAAAGAGUGACAAGAAUGGUUUGUUUUUUAUUACUUUCACUUUUUGUAUUCUCCCCACCUAAACUAAUAAAUAUUACAAUAGAAAAUG